UAAACUUCAAGUGAGUGCAUAUUUGCACAAGUGUUCCUUGUGUGUGUGCAGCAUCGUUUCCUACUCCUAAAUAUAAAAGUAGUGAAUUUUUCUGUUGGGAACUUGGAUUUUUACUGAAAAUCUGAAUGCUGACGCAAGUGAGGCAUCAAGUUCACAACCUCCGCCUUUAUUUUUUCGAAUGCGAGACAACCUUCCUGCACCUAUUCAAGGACCACCUAGUUUGAAUCUCUUGUAUGGCCAAACGCGAAUUGACUUGUUGCUAGAUCAUACUAUGACUAUAGCACUGAGAGCUGACUAUCCAGGAAAUUAUAUUCCUAGUUUUAGCUAUUGUGCAAAGAAUAAUUUUAUAUGCCGUCUUAAUGAAAUAGAAGAAAUAAAAUUGGUGGAAUAUGUACACCAAAGUGGAAAACUCAUUGGAGUUCGAGCACCAAUACCAAGUGAUGACCACGUUAUUAUGGAACCUAACGAGGAAAAGUGGUUUAUCGUUUAUGGUCAACAAUACUUUGAAGUAAGGCAAAGGCGUGGUGAAAAAGAAAUACCAACAAUUAGCCUCGUACCUAAAAAUGUUAUUGGAAUGAAAGAUAAAGGCAGACCGGCUGUUUUUAGUGACUUCAGAUUUACGGUGUACAGAAACCCUGAUGGAAAGAUUACGGGAGCUUCGCUUUACUAACAA